AUGACAUACGCAGAUGUGCAGAUGUUCAUGGAAAAGUUGAAGCAGCUGAUAUACUCCAACGAUGUUCCAAUCAUCAAGAUACCAUCAAUUGUACGUGAAGGGCCUCAAUUCCAAAUGCUUUAUGAAAAGCUUGGAUCCAUGAUCCAAACCCUUUUCAUCCACCAAAACCAUGGCCUAGAAAACAUUGAAAAAGUCACAACUCUGAGGAAAAGAUUCAAAGCAGUAGCAGAAGAAGCAGAAGAUAUCGUCGAUCUCUUUCUAUCCACUGUCCACUUUGGAAACUACGGCUAUUUCCCUACAUCUGAUGUCAUUUGCCCGUCUCUGAAUCUUGAAGUGGUUAUGAGAUCAAUCAAUUCUAUCAAGAUGGAAUCCAUGACUAUGAGCAUCGAUAACAUGAAGAUGGACUCUUCUCUGAGACCUGACACACUGCAAAUGCAAUCUGCUGGAAAUUCCCGCACUAGAAAUUCAAGGGGAUCGAAGGAAGAAAUAGUUGUGGGGUUUGAUCGUGAUGCUGAGAUAAUACGGGACAAAAUUGCUGAAGAUGGGAAGCAGUUGGAUGUGGUGUCUAUUGUUGGUAUGGGUGGAAUAGGUAAGACUACCCUUGCUAACAAAGUCUACACUGAUCCUUAUGUUGUUUAUCAUUUUCAUGUCCGUGGAUGGGUCACUGUUUCACAAACAUAUGACAAGAGGGAUCUGUUGAUUCAAGUUCUGUCAUCCAUAGAUGAUCAAUUAGAGCUUAAGAAAGCAACGGACUCUCAACUUCGUGAAAUGUUGCACAGGAGCCUGUACUGUAAGAGAUAUUUGAUUGUCAUUGAUGAUAUCUGGAGUACAGAGGCAUGGGAUAAGUUAAAGUUGUUUUUCCCUGAUCAUAACAAUGGAAGUCGAAUUCUACUUACUAGUCGCCUCACUGAAGUUGCUGCACAUGCAAAAUCACAUGGACUCAUUCAUCAUUUACAACAUUUGACAGAAGAAGAAAGUUGGAAGUUGCUGUGUGAGAAGGUGUUCCAAGGAGAUGAAUGUCCCAAAUGGUUGGUUGAUCCAGGAAAGCAAAUUGCAAAAAACUGUCAUGGAUUGCCUCUUUCUGUGGUUGUGAUGGCAGGAGUUUUAGCAAAAGAACCAGGGACUAAAGAUUUGUGGGUAAAAAUUUCUUGCAGUGUCAGUUCUUACAUGGCUAGUAAGGAGAAAGGAUGUUUGGAAACAAUAGCAUUAAGUUACCACCAUCUGCCUCUUCACUUGAGAGAGUGCUUUCUCUAUCUGGGAGGGUUUCCAGAAGACUACCGGAUCUCUUCAAAAAGGUUGCUUUGGAUAUGGAUGGCUGAGGGAUUUAUACAAGAAGAUGGAAGUCGAAGCUUGGAGGAAAUUGCAAACGGUUACCUGAUGGAUCUAGUUGACAGAAAUCUUCUAAUUGUAGAAAAAUGGUAUGCUGCGGGUGAUGUCAGUGAUUGUAAAGUCCAUGAUCUUGUGAGGCAGCUAUGUGUGGAAAAAGGAAAAGAAGAAAGAUUCUUGCUGAAAAUAGACUGGCCACCAUCUAAACAUCAUCUCUGUGAGGUAAUUACCACAUAUAAGCAACGCCGUGUGUUUACAAAUCAAGAUAUCGACAUUAUGAGUUUGUCUUAUCCGCCCACCCCAAGUAUUCGAUCACUUGUGUGCUAUCAAAGGGAAACGACCUUAACCGACAAUAUCUCAAAGUUUUUCCAUUCCUUUGCACUUCUUAGGGUGUUACAUCUAGAAAUAUGUGAAUCGAAUGAUUUCUCACCCGGUUUAGCAUUACUAGUUCACUUAAGGUACCUUUACAUUUGGCUGUCAUCAUUCCCACCAUCAAUAUGCAGUUUAUGGAACCUUCAAACCCUCGAUAUUAAUACAAUGUCUAGUUCUAUGGUUUUGCCUAGUAACAUAUCAGAUUUGGUGAAUCUGAGGCGUUUAUACUGUAACGCAGAUCUUUAUCUUCCUUCUAUAGGAAAACCGAUGAAACUACUGGAAAUUAUUACGAAAGUGGUGCUGGGAGAAGGGGUAGAUAAUUUUCAGAAAUGUUUUCCCGGGAUCAAGAGACUUGUAUCUACUAUUUACUCUGACGAGGAAAAUGACUUUGAAGUACUCCAUCACCUUCAAAUAUUGAAGUUAAUUGGGUUGGGCUACAGCAGAAGGAGAUCAGUUGAGGGAGAAUUUCUGAGAGGUGAACCAAACCUGGGAAAAUAUCACUUUAGGUUCCCUGCAACACUGAAAGAGCUUCAACUUGAAAGGUGUGGUCUACCAUGGAGCGACAUGUGGAUCAUUCAAUCGUUACCUAAUCUUGAGGCUCUUAUAAUAAAAGACAAUGGCUUUAACGGAACCCUGUGGGAAGCAGGUGAAGAGCAGUUUCAACGACUGAAAUUCUUGAGACUUCAAAAUUUAAAUAUCAAAAAAUGGGAAGCCUCAAGUAUCAACUUUCCAUGUCUCGAACGAUUAGAGGUGUUGAAUUGCAUUGAUCUUGAAGAGAUACCCCUUGAAUUAGGGGACAUCUCAACGCUUGAGUAUAUUCACAUUGAGAAUUGUGGUGCUUCUCUUCUCGUAUCCCUUCAAAUAAUACGACAGGAGCAAGAUGAUGCGGGAAACUAUGAACUGAAUAUCUUUGUUGAUGGAAGGAAAAUGCACUCUUGUGUACCCAGGAAUGAGGAUUAA